CCCCUCAUUUAUAAACACUGCAGCACUGUAUAAACGCAUUUAUCACUUCUAUAUUUUAAAUUGUCCUGCAACAUUUUGCAUGGCAACAAAACGCAAAGUAGAGGUGAUUGUUCCCGCAGAGGAGAGCGACCAGCUCCUAAUUCGUCCACUGGGUGCGGGUCAGGAGGUUGGGAGAUCAUGCAUCAUUCUGGAGUUCAAAGGAAGGAAAAUUAUGCUGGACUGUGGUAUCCACCCUGGCUUGGAGGGAAUGGAUGCUCUCCCAUACAUAGACUUGAUCGACCCGGCUGAGAUAGACCUGCUGCUUAUCAGCCAUUUCCACUUGGAUCACUGUGGAGCUCUGCCCUGGUUCCUCCAGAAGACCAGCUUUAAAGGCAGGACCUUCAUGACCCACGCCACUAAGGCCAUCUACCGCUGGCUACUGUCGGACUACGUCAAAGUCAGCAAUAUUUCUGCAGAUGACAUGCUGUACACUGAGACUGACCUGGAGGAGAGCAUGGAUAAGAUUGAGACCAUCAACUUCCACGAGGUGAAGGAGGUGGCUGGAAUAAAGUUCUGGUGCUACCACGCUGGCCAUGUGCUGGGAGCCGCCAUGUUCAUGAUCGAAAUAGCCGGAGUCAAGCUGCUGUACACAGGAGACUUCUCCCGACAGGAAGACAGGCAUCUGAUGGCAGCAGAGAUCCCCAGUGUCAAACCGGACAUCCUAAUCAUAGAGUCAACCUAUGGCACGCACAUCCAUGAGAAGAGGGAGGAGCGUGAGGCUCGGUUCUGUAACACAGUCCAUGACAUUGUCAACAGAGAAGGUCGCUGUUUAAUCCCUGUGUUCGCUUUGGGCCGGGCCCAGGAGCUGCUGCUCAUCCUGGAUGAGUACUGGCAGAACCACCCUGAGCUCCAUGACAUCCCCAUCUACUACGCUUCAUCCCUGGCCAAGAAGUGCAUGGCCGUGUACCAGACGUACGUCAACGCAAUGAACGACAAGAUCCGCAAGGCCAUCAAUAUCAACAACCCUUUUGUUUUCAAGCACAUCAGCAACCUCAAGAGCAUGGAUCACUUCGAUGACAUCGGCCCCAGCGUGGUGAUGGCGUCUCCGGGUAUGAUGCAGAGCGGGCUCUCCAGAGAGCUGUUUGAGAGCUGGUGCACUGACAAGAGGAACGGAGUCAUCAUCGCUGGAUACUGUGUAGAGGGCACACUGGCCAAGCACAUCAUGUCUGAGCCCGAGGAGAUCACCACCAUGUCGGGGCAGAAGCUGCAGCUGAAGAUGUCGGUUGACUACAUCUCUUUCUCCGCCCACACUGACUACCAGCAGACCAGCGAGUUCAUCAGGGCCCUCAAACCACCACAUGUGAUCCUGGUCCACGGGGAGCAGAAUGAGAUGGCCCGUCUGAAGGCUGCCCUGAUCAGGGAAUACGAGGACAACGACCAGGUUCACAUCGAAGUCCACAACCCUCGAAACACAGAAGCUGUCACCCUCAACUUCAGAGGAGAGAAGCUGGCCAAGGUGAUGGGCUCCCUGGCUGAUGAAAAGUGUGUUCAAGGCCAGAGAGUGUCGGGCAUACUGGUGAAAAAGAACUUCAACUACCACAUCCUCAAUCCCUCAGACCUCUCCACAUACACAGAGCUGGCCAUGAGCACAGUGAAACAGACCCAGGCCAUCCCCUUCACUGGACCCUACUCCCUGCUCGUCUGCCACCUGAGGAACCUCACUGGUGAAGUGGACGAGCUUGAUGGAACGGAGAAGCACACUCUGAAGAUUUUAAAAAAUAUCACUCUGAUCCACGAGGCCGGCAUGGUGCUGCUGGAGUGGCUAGCAAACCCUCUCAACGACAUGUAUGCUGACGCCGUCACCACUGUAGUGCUGGAAGUCCAGUCCAACCCCAAGGCUCAGAAAGCGAUGGAGACCCAGAGUGCCAGACUGGACAUAGAGGUCUUCCAGAACAGACUAGGAGUCAUGUUGCAGGACAUGUUUGGAUUAGAUUGUGUGGAUUUCAGUGAUGGUAAAAUCAUCUCGUUGACGGUAGAUGGGAAGACGGUUCACAUCUGCUUGGAAACGAGGUCGGUGUGCUACGAGGAUGAAAGCACCGAGGACGACUCCCUGAGAGAGAUGGUGGAGCUGUCAGUGCAGCGGCUCUACGACGCCCUGAACCCAGUCAUCUGAGGAGAGACGGACUGCAGGCGUGUUCAAAUCCAGUCACCUUUAAACUACUGAGGCACAGAGAUUCUGAAGCUAAGUCCUCACGGAUUUAAACAUCAAGAUACUUCCUCAA